CGUUCCCGCCAUGUUCGUCUCCGACUGCCGCCGGGAGUUCUACGACCUGAUCGUCACCCAGCGAGUUCUUCUUCUUGUUGCUUCAGAUGUUGAUGCAUUAUGUGCUUGUAAAAUACUCCAAGCUUUGUUUCAAUGUGACCACGUGCAAUACACACUCGUGCCAGUGGCUGGGUGGCAAGAACUUGAAACUGCCUUUCUGGAGCAUAAAGAUCAGUUCAAAUACUUUGUUCUUAUUAAUUGUGGUGCCAAUGUUGACCUCCUGGAAAUCUUGCAGCCUGAAGAAGACACUUUUUUUUUUGUGUGUGACAGUCACAGACCGAUCAAUGUAGUGAAUGUUUACAAUGACACACAGAUUAAACUGUUAGUCAAGCAAGAUGAUGAUCUCGAUGUUCCUGCUUAUGAUGACAUCUUCAGAGAUGAGGAGGAUGAAGAGGAGGACUCGGAGGAUGAAAGGGAAGGCUCUGAGCCCUUAGAGAAGCGCAGACGUUUUGAAGAGGAGGUAAUAGAGAGGACAAUGAAAAGGAGACAGAGGCGGGAAUGGGAAGCACGCAGACGAGAAAUUCUUUUUGAUUAUGAACAGUAUGAAUACCAUGGGACCUCAUCUGCAAUGGUGAUGUUUGAUCUGGCAUGGAUAAUGUCUAAGGACUUGAAUGAUAUGUUGUGGUGGGCUAUUGUUGGCCUAACAGAUCAAUGGGUCCAAGAUAAAAUCACUCAGAUGAAGUACGUGACCGACAUUGGAAUCCUGCAGCGCCACGUGUCUCGCCACAACCACCGCAACGAGGAUGAAGAGAAUUCUCUGUCUAUUGACUGCAUGAGAAUUGCAUUUGAGUAUGACCUGCGCCUGGCACUGUACCAGCACUGGUCUCUCUAUGAAAGUCUCUGUAACACCUCCUACACCUCUGCCAGCCUCAAGCUUUGGUCUGUGCAAGGGCAGAAGAGGCUCCAGGAGUUUUUGGCUGACAUGGGUUUGCCCUUGAAGCAAGUGAAACAGAAGUUUAGUUCCAUGGAUGUGUCUUUGAAAGAAAAUCUUAGGGAGAUGAUUGAAGAAUCUGCAAACAAAUUUGGAAUGAAAGAUUUACGAGUUCAGACUUUCAGCAUUCACUUUGGCUUUAAGAACAAGUUCUCAGCAAGUGACAUAGUUUAUGCAACAACUUCUCUCAUGGAGAACAUAGAGAAAGAGGGGCCUGAAACAACUAAUUUCAUUAAGGCUUUGGACAGUCUCUCCAGGAGUAACCUGGACAAGCUGCACCAAGGCCUGGAUUUAGCCAAAAAGCAGUUACGUGCCAUUCAGCAGACAGUGGCCAGCUGUAUUUGCACCAACCUUGUCAUCUCUCAGGGGCCAUUUCUCUAUUGCUCCCUCAUGGAGGGCACACCAGAUGUGAAACUGUUUUCCAAACCAGUGUCUCUAUGUCUGCUUAGUAAAUACUUACUGAAAUCAUUCGUUUGCUCUACCAAAAACAAGCGUUGCAAGCUGCUGCCCCUGGUCAUGGCUGCACCCAUGGAUGUUGAACAGGGAACUGUGAUCAUGGUGGGGAUUCCUCCAGAGACAGAAAGCUCGGACAAAAAGAACUUUUUUGGACGAGCCUUCGAGAAGGCUGCGGAGAGCACCAACUCGCGGACGCUGCACAACCACUUCGAGAUGUCGAUAAUUGAAUUGAAAACAGAAGAUCGGAGUAAAUUUCUGGAUGCACUCAUUUCUCUCUUGUCCUAAAGUGGUGCCUUUUGGCUCUUUGUGCUGGAAGCUGAGGAUGAGACCCUCUGAAAUUAUUUUGGAUGUUCCAAAGUUCAUGGUGCUGAAGUUUUGGUGUAUCUUAGGUCCACAGGCCUGGACUGGUGUUUUUAUGCCUUUUGGGAGGUUAAAAAGAUUUUGAUCUCGGCACAGAGAUAUUGAACACUUCUUUUUCUAAACAUCCCACCCUGGUAAAUGGCAAAAGCUGUCACCUGGUAUUUGUACAUUGGAUUUCUAUUUAUCAAAUCUGCUUUUAUUAGUAGACCUACUCUUGUGUGAUGUUCAGUUGUUGACUGAUAAAAAAAAUAGGUUUU